ACGGGAGCCGGGGUUGCCAUGGAGCCGGUUCCAUGGUGACGCGGCCUCGGCGGCUGCUCCUCCAGCUGCUCAUGAGGAGCCGGGGGGUGGAGGGCGGCCUUGGCGGCGGCGAGGAGCCGGACUGGGCCCGGGGCAAAGCCGAGGCUCCCGUCCCGGGCCGCCUGCUGCUUCUGCCGCCGCCGGGACCUGGGCCCGCACUCGGGCCGCAGCCUCGGGGUGGAGUAGGAGCUGUCCUUUUUACCCCAGAUUGGAAAGAUGCCUUAACAGAAGCUGUAAAGGUUCUCCACUGUGGUCAGGUAGUGGCAGUUCCUACAGAUACCAUCUAUGGAAUCACCUGCCUUGCACAGAAUUCUGAAGCCAUCCGAAGGAUUUAUGAAAUCAAAGGACGCAAUGAGGAUAAGCCUUUGGCUAUUUGUGUUGGUCACGUGGAAGAUAUUUAUAAGUACUGUAAGGUCACUGUUUCUGAUCAGGUAUUAAGAGAUCUCCUGCCAGGACCUGUAACGCUAGUCUUCAGGCGGUCAGAAGAACUGAACAAAGAUUUGAAUCCUUUCACUGAUUUGGUGGGAGUACGUAUUCCAAAGCAUCCAUUUAUUCAGAAGCUUGCAGAGGUAUGUGGUGAACCUCUAGCUUUGACAAGUGCCAACCUCAGCUCUCAGACCAGCACACUAACAACAGAGGAAUUUCGGGACCUAUGGCCUUUGUUGGGUCUUGUUGUUGACGGUGGGCCGAUUGGUGAUAUGACAAAGCCAGAAUGUCGGUUGGGAUCAACAGUGAUUAACUUGGGAACACCGGGAAAAUACAGCAUCAUCAGGCCUGGCUGUGCGUUUAAUGCCACCGUGGAAGUUCUCCAGCAUAAGCAUGGCUUGUCCUUCCAGUCCUAGAUCUAUUCAAAACAAAAUUGGAAGUGUUUUUUUUAAUACAAGGCAAAUUUCUGAAUACAUAUGGACUCCAUGUCAGUCUAAAUAUCUGUUCUUAUUGGAAAGUUUGAGUCCAGAGAACUCAUCUGUCCCUAAUCUUAUUGACUCAACUGUGCACACAUUGCUCCCUACAUGUUGUAUGUGAUGAUUGAUUUUUUUUUUGAUGUUUUUCUGCCAUCAUACAACUGAGGGAAGUGAAAUGCUAUUUCAAGAAAAUUCAUGUUAUGAUCUGAGAAUUUAUACUGCCUAUUCUCUUACUCGUUGAAUGUCACUUCAGGAAAUCUUCUGGCAAAUGAAGCUGAAGACUAAGCUGUGCUCUGGAAUUUACACUUGUAUUCUUUUACUUGCCAGUCAUGAACCAUGACUUUCAUUGUUUUGUACGUUGCAAUUUGCCUGCAGGUAGAGUCCUAUACAGGGCAUUUUUUUAAAGUUUGUUCUCGUUUCAUGCUGUAUUGUUUCAGAAUUAGUCAUAAAUUGAGGAAAUAUUAAAUAGGAGCUCAGUUUGAACUUUGAUAACGAUAGAAUUGUUGGAAGGAGCUUCAAAUGCAUUUUCUACCUCAAGUCUAGUUACUCAUUUUCUUUUCAUUUAGAAUAAAUGGUGAUGCUUAAGUGUGCUAUGAUAAGAUAGAACUUCUCUCAGUUAAUUAGAAGUGGGGAUCCAAGUGUAAUUUCAGUAAGGACAAGCAAACAAGCUGAAGCUAUUUUCCCACAUUGUGAUGAUUAAGGGUGGAGAGCAGGAAGGUAUCUCUCCUUCUGUUUGGAUCUGAGAAAGAGGGCAUACUUGUGGCCAGCCCUUCAAUAAAUAUAUAUUUUUAAUCAAAAGAUCAGAGAUUAAUGAAUAGGUGUAGCUGCUGGCAUACAUUUUUUUUUUCUCUCCUCGUUUUUUUUAAUUUUGUCUUUUUAUCUCUUGGUCUCUGUCUCAUUCUUAUGCUUGCGUUCUCCCGCUCAUGUGUCCCUUCUCAUGCUGUAGUUAAUGGUUGCCUUUUAAUGGAGGGAGGACAUUGAUCCUGUGCCUCCUGUCCUAUUGAUCAUCCAUUGAUCUUGGCCAUCUGCAUCCUCUCCUAACCUUGACACCUUGCUACUGGAAAGAACUUCUGUAACAUUACACCAUAAAAAGGGGUUGUGGGGAGGCUAGUGCUAAAUAUUGUAACCUCUGCAUAUCCUUGUGAAAAUAUGAAAGGCAUCUGGAAUAAUGAAAAAGAAUAGAGCAAUUGAAAUUGUCUAAAGCUGUUACUUUGAAUCAUGUCUGACAAGUUAACACAUUUCUGAGCAGCAAUGUAAAUUUAUACAUUGAAGAUGAGGUUCAGUGCUGAAUUGAAAACUAAAUAUAUUGAAUUCUUGGAAUUCCACCACAUUUUAAUUUCUAAAUAAGUUCAGAUUUAGAGGGCAUUAAUUUCUUUUGGUUACAAGAAAUUCAAAUAAAUAUCAUAAAUUUUUAGAUUUAUAUCAUUGAUUUUACAGUGUAAAAGUCACAGAAACAUUUCAGCAUAAAAGGAUACUUUCACGCAGUCAUAUUCAAUUUGAGCUACAGUUUGUUUCUGUCUGAACUGAGAUAGCUUCAGUUCAA